ACGAGGUAAAUAUUGAAUCCGAAUCAUGACCAACGGUGCAUCCCCAUAAUCCUUAACAUACGUGACCAAAUUAAGGAGGCUUCAUGGUAAAGCACGUGAGGCCCCCUUGGAUUCAACCCUUACAAAUAAUUAUUAUAGUUAUUAUUAAUUAAUUGUAACGCGUAUAGUGAGUAUAGAAAAAGCAGAUUGGCUUUAUCCACAACAACCAAAAACCAAUUAUAUAAGCAGUGACAAGAAGAAGAAGGAAUAGUCAAGAGUGGGAAAAUCUCCAACAUAGACACAUCAAUUAGUGAGAUCAUCUCAAAGCUUCGUUCAAUGGCAUCUAGGAAGAGCUUCCUUUCGAAAGUGAGUUCCAUCUUUGCAUCAUCAAGCACCGAUUUGGAGCCGAAAUUCUCAGAGGGUGACUUGGAAUUGGAUGAAGCUGAAGUCUUGUGGAACUUGUCCAACAGCAACAACAACACAGGGAUAGAGGCCAAGAAGGGGUUACGAUCUGGUAAGAAGAAAGGUAAAAAAUUGGAGGGUGGUGGUGGGAGAGUGAACCCUUUGGGGUCCUCAUCAUUGCCAGUGAAUAUUCCUGAUUGGUCCAAGAUUUUGAAGGAGGAUUAUAACAAGAAGAAAGAAAGUGAUGAAAGGGUUGUUAGUGAUGAUGAUGAUGAGAACAACGAUCGAGUACCUCCUCAUGAGUAUCUUGCUAGGACAAGAGGGGCUUCUCACUCUGUGCAUGAAGGGAGAGGAAGGACCCUCAAAGGUAGGGACUUGCGCAGUGUCAGAAAUGCAAUUUGGAAGAAAAUGGGGAUUGAAGAUUAACUAGUAUAGACUAUAGAGUUGCUACUGUCACAAAGAUUUAUGAUCUGAUUCCUUAACCUUUUAAUUUUUGGAAAUUUUGGUUUAGGUGAUUCAGUCAAUGAGCUACCUAGAUAUGUUACGUUAGGAAAGGUUUAUGUAAUCAUAUCUCAUAUAUAUGCUCUGCCUCUGCUCUUUAUGGACCUUUUAGAAUGAGUGGAUCAUGACUCUUGAUUGUUGAGUUAUAAGGAUAUGAUAAGGCUCCUUCAUUUGGGAAAGGAUCACUCUUGCUUGUAAGUUGUAAUUAACCGUUUUCAACUGCUUAAAUUUAUGUAUAUUUGUAGUUUCAUGGCUA